GUGGCGGAGGUGGACUCGAUUCUGUUGGCGUUGCUGCCGCGGCGGUUUUAAAAGCAAUCCCCGGGCUCCGUCCUCCUCCCCUUGCCCAUAUCGAUUUGCCCAAUCCGAGGUCGCGGUCGCGCGCAUCGAUCUCGCUCCGGAGUUCGGGAUCUGCCCCCCAUCGAUUUCGAUCCCAUACGUCCCGCGCGCGCAGCAGCAGCAGCAGCAGCAGAGAUGUCCAAGGUGUACACCCUCGAGGAGGUCGCCAAGCACAACUCCAAGGACGAUUGCUGGCUCAUCAUCGGCGGCAAGGUGUACGAUGUGACCAAGUUUUUGGAAGACCACCCAGGAGGUGAUGAUGUUCUGCUGUCCUCAACUGCCAAGGAUGCGACCGAUGAUUUUGAGGAUGUUGGGCACAGUACCACUGCCCGUGCAAUGAUGGAUGAGUACUUGUUGGGUGAAAUUGACUCGUCAACGAUCCCUGCUAGGACGAAGUAUGUCGCCCCCAAGCAACCGCACUACAACCAGGACAAGACCCCAGAGUUCAUUAUCAAGAUCCUCCAGUUCUUGGUUCCCCUGGCUAUCCUGGGCUUGGCUGUUGCCGUUAGGAUCUACACCAAGUCGGAGUCUGCUUAGCUUUGCUACCCUUGCCCCAUCGGGAUUGUAAGAGUUGAAGAACUUGUCGAAUAAGUUAGCAAGAGUUUUGUGAGGUUUUACAUGUAACAUGUCAUGAAUUCGUCGAAUGUUCCGUGCUUGUGGGUUCGGUAGUCCUUGGAUGUUCAUCCGAUGAUUAAAAUGGGAUCAGAACGCGUUGUACUACAUUAUUUGUCGUCUCAGUUGUUGGUGAAUAUGCAUAUUGCUGGUCGCUAACUGUUUGAAACCAUCAGUUAUUAGCUAUUCAUUUUUGGUGGUGUUGUGACA